AUGCAGUCCGCCCUUGGGCAACGCAUCCGGCACAGGCUAAGAGGAGGGUCCACACUGGGGGCUGAGAUUCGUCGUCCUGAAGCGCUCGACGUGGAGAUGUUCGAAGACUGCAUCCACGCAGUUGACUCCAUAGAUCAGGCGAUCCAUAACAAAUAUUCGAUGGAAUGGACGAUAGGAGAAUAUAUGAACAUCAUGCCUAAGGGCCACGGGGUAGCGAGGGACCCGGAGCAAGCCCGUCUGCAGCGCGAGUUUCCCAUUCCUGCCGCGACGGAUUGUGGGGUUCCCCAUGCAAUUCACAGUGGCGCCGUUAUUGUCGACGCCGAUCAGAUUCCACUCGUCUGGGCACUCCCCGAUCUGUUGUCCAAAGGCCGUCAGGACGAGCUGUUCGAGGCCACCAAAAAGCUGAAAACCUAUCUUGACAAACCUACGACGCGGACGUCGUCCUGGCGAAACUUUAAGGGGUUCUUCAAUUUGAACGCAGACGGAGGCUGUGGCAUCUUUGGGAUAGUUCCCCAGAUGAAGGACGCGUUCACCGGUGAAGUUCGCGAAUCUCGAGACUUCUACGAGGUCGAAGUCCAGGACUGGUUGCGAACGAUAACUCGAAGUGGCGCAAUAUUGGACGCUGUCUUACGGAUCCUCGUCCCGAGCCAGCACCAGCAAGUGGGCGAAUACCUCCAGGAGAAUCUACCAGACGGCAUCCCAUGGCCAGUCACGGGGAUCGGCCUGCAGAUGAUCUUCAACCGGAAGACACCCUACCAUCGGGAUGUGAAUAGCUUCCCACACUGGUACGAUCUCCUUGUCACCCUUGGACAAUACGGACACAGUGCAUACAUUGGACUUCGAAGUCUUGGCUACUCCGUUUCGUACAGGCCAGGCACUGUGGUGGUGGUCUUGGCCAACAUCGUGGAGCACGCCCUCAGUGAGCUUGGUCCCUUCACGUCCGCGUGGCAGGAGGCGCAGCUCGAGCUCAUCUCCAUUUUCACGUCUGGUCGAUCCCAAGGAUCGCCCAACCGCGGGUGCUCCUCAACUCGUUGGGCGUGCGAAUCGCGGCGCCUGGAGCGCCCGCGCAGAUAUGUAGUAAGCGCCAAUGCUCUCGCGAACGGGCCGAAACCGAUGUGCGUGUUCUACGGCUCGAACACCGGGAACUCAGGGUCGUUUGCGCAGUGGAUCGUCUCCACUGCACCCACUCAUGAGUUCACCGCGACGUUGUCGACACUGGACAUGGCCGCGGAGCACCUUCCGAUGGACGGCCCUGUGCUCAUCCUCACCGCCUCCUUCGCGGGCUUGGUCGCGGACAACGCGAAGCACUUUUUUGAGUGGGCCGACAAUGUCAAGCAGCGCGCGCCCAAGUUGAUCGACGAUAUUCUCGAGGCUUGGCACGGUGCUGUCGGGCUCGUCGAGGAGGAGAUGGUUUGGGUGAAGCUCUCCACGGCGAUCGGCCUUGAGAUCAAGACGAUGUCUUCGAGUGCGGUGCGCGCAGAGCUGCUCUACCAGCGCGACAUGGGCUUCGGCACCGUUGUCGAGAACAAGGUGCUUACCGCGGAGUGCCAUCCACCCAAGACGCACAUCGAGCUCGUGCUCCCGGAGGGGUUCACCUACCGCGCGGGUGACUACCCCGCAAUCUUCCCCACGAACCCUGAACGCACCGUGCGCCGCGCGAUGGCUCGGUUCAACCUCGAUUCAGACACCGAGAUUGAAAUUUUCUCCACGGCACCCACCCACUUCCCCAUCGGCAAGCCCAUUUCCGUCUUCAACCUCCACAGCAACUACGUCGAACUGCAGCAACCCGCCACCCAGCGUGACCUUGAGGCCCUCAUCUCCCGGCGCUCAAGGACCCCGUGGGGAACUAAGCAGGCGAAGUCUUUGCCCCUCGUCUGGGCAUGCUAG